GUGUGUGUGUGGGGGACAGUGUGUGUGUGUGUUUGUGUGUGUGUGUGUGAGGGUGCAUUGAACACCUGUAGAGGGACGUUCUCCACCUGAGGAUGCUGUACUGGUGUUGACGGGAGAGUGACAGUGUGUGUGUAAGUGUGUGUGUGUGUGUGUGUGUGUGAGAGUGUGUGUGUGAGGGUUGGACGUUCUCCAGUGAUUGGUGGAUUGAUUGGAUUUACAGGUGUGAGGAUUUAAUGAUCAGUGAAGAAUAAUCUGAGCAGAAGAGGAUAAAGAGGAGGAGGAGGAGGAGGAGGAGGAGAUGGCGGGAUUGGGUUUCAGGAUCGCUCUGGUUCUGACCAUUCUGACCCUGACCUUCUAUAACAGCGGGGUUGAGGGUCAGAGAGCAGGUUGUAAGAACGUCCACUAUGACCUGGUCUUCAUCCUGGACACGUCCUCCAGCGUGGGAAAGGAAAACUUCGAGAAGAUCCGUCAGUGGGUGGCCAACAUGGUGGACUCGUUCACCAUCGGUGAGGAUAAGACCCGGGUGGCUGUGGUGCGCUAUAGUGACCGCCCCACCACGGAGUUCAACCUGGCCAGGUACAAAACCCUGGAGGAGGUCAGGAAGGCGGCGCGGAACAUCCGCUACCUCGGCGGGAACACCAAAACCGGAGAGGCCAUCCGCUACACCACCAACAACAUCUUCACCGCUCAGGCAGGGGCUCGGCUCUCCAACAGGGACAUCAAGAAGGUAGCCAUACUGAUGACGGACGGCAGGAGUCAGGAUUACGUUCUGGAGCCCUCCGUCGCCGCUGCCAAAGCGGGAAUCAGGAUGUUCGCCGUGGGCAUCGGGGAGGCGCUGAAGGAGGAGCUGGAGGAGAUCGCAGCCGACCCCAAGAGCACCCACACCUUCCACGUGGCAGAUUUCGACGCCAUCGAGAGUAUCAGAGGCAGGCUGACCAGUCGACUUUGCGUGGACUACGUGUGCCACAACAUGACGGUGGAGGCUGACCGGUUCCAGCCCGACGCUCGGGUCGCUGGCCAGAAGAACGUACAAGGGUUUGACCUGAUGGAUUACUUUAAGGUGAAGGAUAUUCUGGGGGAGAGGUCUGAGCCAGGUCAGAGCUCCUACGUCAGACUGGGAACCAUGCCUAUCGUCCAGCAGACUGCGGACGUGUUUACUAACGGUCUGCCCAACUCGUACUCGUUUGUUUCCACGUUUAAGUUCAGGAAGACGUCUCGGAGAGAGGACUGGUACCUGUGGCAGGUCUAUGAUAAAUAUGGCAUCCCUCAGGUCUCUAUCCGAUUGGACGGUGAGAAUAAAGCCGUGGAAUAUAACGCAGUGGGACUGACUAAAGACGCGGUCCGGGCGGUCUUCAGAAACCCGGAGGUGGACAACCUGUUCGACCGGAACUGGCAUAAGAUCGGUCUGGCUGUGGACGCCAAGUCUGUGUCUCUGUUUCUGGACUGUAAACAUCUCCAGACCAUCCCCAUCGAAGACCGCGAGGACAUCGACAUCAAGGGCAAGACCGUCAUCGGCAAGAGACUGUACGACAGCGUCCCCAUCGACUUUGACCUUCAUCGGAUGGUGAUCUACUGUGACUCUAAACUGGCUGAGCAAGAGACAUGCUGUGACCUUCCUGGAGGCCCUUGUCCUCAGCAGCUGGUGACGGAGCGUCCCCCUGUAGAGCUGGUGACCCCGACCCCGACCAGCACCGAGCAGAAAGGUGCCGUUCACGCCGUCAACUGCUCCUGCCCAGCAGGGGAACAGGGCGAGAGAGGCUUGCCUGGUGCUCAAGGCCCUAAGGGUGAAAAGGGAGACCCCGGCCUUAAGGGCGAUGCUGGACUGCAAGGACUGAGAGGACAGAAAGGAGAAGCUGGCAGGGCGGUCUCUAUCAAAGGAGAUAGAGGCGAGAAGGGGGACACCGGUGAGCGGGGUGAAUCUGGGUCACCUGGUGACAAAGGAGCACGAGGGGCUGAUGGAUUACCAGGUCUUGCAGGGAAACAAGGAGACAAAGGCGAACAAGGUGAACAGGGGCUUUCUGGAGCUGCUGGAGCUCCUGGUUCAGCGGGACCACAGGGAUUACAGGGUGAUCAGGGACUCCCCGGCGCUCCUGGUCCUAAAGGUGUUUCUGGUGAUCAUGGCAAGAAGGGAGAGAAGGGAACAUCAGGAGAGAGGGGUGAACCUGGGCAGGAUGGCUUUCCUGGAAAAACUGGACUUCCAGGAAAAGACGGUCUGAGAGGACUUGCUGGUGUACCUGGUCCAAAUGGAGUUAAAGGAGAAAAGGGAGAAAGAGGUCCUGCUGGAAUCCCUGGAGACGUGGUCCAGAUGGCAGGACUGAAGGGAGAAGUUGGAACCCCUGGUGUGCCCGGCCCUCCUGGAGCUGAUGGUGUUCCUGGACCUCCUGGUCCACCUGGUCCACCUGGAGAACCUGGAGAGCCUGGAGAAAUGGGACUGAGGGGAAAGAAAGGAGAAGGUGGAUUACCUGGAGUGGAUGGGCUUCCUGGACCACCUGGCCCCGUAGGACCACCUGGACCUUCUGGAAAUCCAGGACUGACUGGACCACCUGGAUUGCCUGGGGAAAUCGGUUUCUCUGGAAAACCAGGAGAGGCUGGAAAACCUGGUCUCCCAGGAAAGGAUGGGCUGGAUGGUCUUCCUGGAAAUGAUGGAGAGAAGGGCCCAAGAGGAGAAUCUGGCCAAGAUGGCUUCCCUGGAAAACCUGGACCAAAGGGUGAUGAGGGACCUCCAGGACCAAGAGGACCACCAGGAGAGAGAGGUGAAGCUGGUCAGCUUGGUCAGCCAGGUGAAAUGGGAUUAAGAGGAGAGCGAGGAAUGCCGGGUGAAAGAGGGAAGGAUGGAGUUUUCGGCCCGAAGGGAGAGAAAGGAGACAAGGGAGAUGUAGGACCCAGAGGUCUUCCAGGAGCCCCAGGAAAUGUGGAGAAUGUGAUUCCUGAGCCUGGUGAACCGGGUAAACCUGGAGAGAAGGGAGAAAAAGGAGACCAAGGAAAACCAGGAGAAAUAGGUCAGAGGGGGCUUCCAGGAGAACAGGGCUUCAGGGGACCAGCUGGACCCCCGGGAGUGAAGGGAGAUAAUGGAGAUAAAGGAGACCCUGGCAGAAAUGGAGACCCUGGUCCUCCAGGACUGACCGGCCAGCAGGGGCCUAGAGGACUACCCGGCAAUGUGGGAAUCCCAGGCAGUAUCGGACCACCUGGCAUAGCAGGACAAAGAGGAGAGAAGGGAGAUGCAGGAAAAGAUGGUCCUCCAGGUCCACCGGGUUCAGUCGGAGAGCCUGGUCUAAGAGGUGAAAUCGGAUUGCCUGGGAAGGGCAAAGAUGGAGUGAAGGGGGAUACGGGACAACCAGGCAUGCCUGGACCUCAAGGACUGAAGGGCCCACCAGGUAAUCCAGGAAUGCAGGGGAUGCCAGGAGCCAGAGGUCCUGCAGGAGAAGGAACUACUGGACCAUCAGGACCCCCAGGACCCCCUGGCCCAUUAGGAGCUGUGGGGGCGAGAGGAGCUCCAGGAAUGCCAGGCCCUGAGGGACCCGCAGGACACAACGGUUUGCCAGGAAGGCCCGGAGAGAAAGGUUCUCCAGGAGAGCCGGGUAAAGAUGCAGAUCCAUCCAAAAUCGACCUGAAGGGAAUCUGCUCAGACUGCCCUCCUGGACCAGCUGGACCCCCAGGAAUACCCGGACCUCCAGGAGACAAAGGCCUUACUGGACCUCCAGGAAAGAACGGGCAGGACGGAUAUCAGGGUUUACCUGGGCCAACUGGACCCCCGGGACCACCAGGAUCUGAUGGAACAAAGGGUGUGAAGGGUGACAGAGGACCAUCCGGAACCCCUGGAGAUAAAGGAGAAAAAGGACCCCCUGGACCACCUGGCUAUCCUGGAGCAGCUGGAACAAUGGGUCAACCUGGUAAUGAUGGCAACCCUGGACCCGUAGGUCCUGCUGGACCACCAGGUGAAAAGGGAAAAGAAGGAAUGGCAGGCAUCCAGGGUCCUCCAGGUCUACCAGGACUGAUGGGAAUGAUGGGAAAGCCUGGGAAAGAUGGGCGGCCAGGAGAAGCAGGAGAGCCAGGUAAACAGGGAGAACCAGGACCUCCAGGACGAGACGGGCUGAGGGGACUUCCGGGCUUUAAAGGCCACAGAGGAGAACCUGGACCACCUGGAUCAAAGGGCGAUGAGGGGAAACAGGGACCAACUGGGCGAGAGGGUCCACCUGGAAAAGAUGGAAAAGUUGGACCUCCUGGACUGGAAGGAGUUAGAGGACCUCGAGGAGAAUCGGGUAAACCCGGAGAGCCUGGACCGUCUGGAAAGCCUGGAGCGUCUGGGAAUCCGGGUCUUCCUGGCAACAAAGGCGAGACGGGAACGCCGGGAUUACCCGGUUUCAUAGGUCCAAAAGGACCGUCGGGCCCGCCCGGUCCCAUCGGCCCCGAGGGCAAACAAGGAAUGCCGGGAAGACAUGGAGACAGAGGAAACAAGGGAGAGAAGGGUGACAAUGGAAUAAAGGGAGACAAAGGUCCAACUGGAGAUCCAGGCAUGCCAGGGAACCCAGGACCUCCAGGCAGGAAGGGCCACACUGGGAUGAUGGGAAUGUCUGGACCACCAGGUGAGGUUGGUCCAGUUGGGCCACCUGGAACACCGGGCCAGCCUGGACUUCCAGGACAGAGGGGAGAAACACCAUCGCUGGAAUCAAUGCGGAGAAUGAUUCAGGAGGAACUCGCCAAACAGCUCGAAGCCAAAAUGGCCUACCUCAUGGCCCAGUUCCAGCCCACACAUGUUAAAAGUACAGCAGGUCGACCGGGCCCACCUGGACCACCAGGUAAAGACGGAUCUCCUGGAAGACCAGGACCACCUGGAGAGUCCGGCAUUCCUGGUCAAAAUGGAGCAGAAGGUCCCAGAGGUCCAAUGGGUCCUAAAGGUGAACGAGGCAGCAAAGGAGAUAAAGGAGAAGAUGGAGUUGGACAGAGAGGAGAGCCUGGUGCCAUUGGUCCAGCAGGUCCAGCCGGAAUGCCCGGAUACGGGAAAGAUGGCCUUCCGGGAGCUGCAGGAGCUCAGGGUGAACCUGGACAUCCAGGACCUCACGGCCAGCCAGGACCAGCUGGACCUCCAGGGCAGUGCGACCCCUCUCAGUGUGCCUACUACGCCAGCCUGGCAUCCCGACCUCACACUAAAAACGUCAAGGGCACCUAAUCCCUUCUUCAUCAUCAACCUGGACCUAUUUAUGAACUCGGAGAUUCGGUGAAGCCACGGCGUUUCCUGUGCGUGUCCGGGGAACGUCGGUUCGGGAAAGCUGAGACAUGCGUAGUUUGAGUGUGUUGUGGAGGUGUGUGAGUGUGUGGAUGUGUAUGUGUAUGUGUGUGUGUGUGUGGAUGAGUGUAGGAAUGUGUGUAUGUCCUGCCAUGUGUUGGUUGUUGGGUGGGCAGGAAUUGUUUUAUUUUUAUUUUUAUUUUGUAUUUUUAUUACUGAUUUUAAGGCUAGUUUAGGCUGAUUAAAUAUAGAUUAAUGUAGAUUAACUUCAUCCAGGGAUCAGGGAUAUUUGCUCUCAUUGUGAUUAGUGUGUGCAGCUUGUUAUUUUUAUUUUUAUUAUAAUUUUUUUUUUAUUAUUGAACAUAUCUAUGCAAUUAUUCCUCAUAUAAAAUAUAAGGUACCCCUUAAAAACUACCCUGGUCUGAGGUGCUGUAGAGUGACGCCACCGCCUCCUGCUCAGGCAGCGAUGGACUGAUGGAGAUAAAUUAGGCUGGAGAAUUGAUUUAUGGUGAAGGAGUGGUCUGGAGUCAGGAUGGGGCAGUUAUCUCUUUAAAAGAUUUAGCUUCUGGAGUUUUAUUGAUGAACAGGGAAGAGCAAGGCAAGGAGACACAAGUGAAACGUUAGAUUAGACACCUGGGGCCUCAUGUACUAAAGGUGCGUACGCACAAAAACAUUGCGUACGCCAUAUUUCACGCUCACGGUCAGAUGUACUAAAUUUGACUUGAACGUGAGAAAGUGCGUUCCCCCACGGAACUUUUGUUUCGGGCGUACGCCUUUUUUUGUGCGUAUGUUUUGUGUUUUUGUCAUUUGGCGACACUUAGAGGCGAUGCAUUGAAAUUACAACUAUUAAGACAUCCUUUAUGCACACAUUGUAGUAAGCAUUACUGGGUAAAAUAAAGUUAAUAAAUCAGACAAUUUCAUUGGCUUACAUAAAUAAUCGUUCAACGUGUUUCCACUUAGCCUAGAUUAUAUAAACAUGCAUAAAAGUUUGCGCUGAAGUUGUUGGAGUUGGCAACGUUGGCAUUAUUGGAAAAUAUUGCUAAUGGCCAAAUUCAUUGAGAGCGCAUUUUCCACGACCAUUAUGUUUUUUUGGCCCAUGAUGAUGACUGGCUUAUAAGCCGUUUUAGAUUUCCAAGAGCAUAGGAGGAUAAGAAAACAAGCUGAGUGCGUGACGGGCGGCUUCUUGGUAAGCAACUCAUUUAAAGCAUUUAAAUAAAAGCAUUUAUUAUCCCUCUUAGAAUAAUACAAUUUAAAACAUGGGUAAUUAUAUGCUACGCAUAUAUCAUAUUAAUAAUAAUAUAAUAAUAAUAAUUUUUAUUAUUAUUAAUUUUUUAUUAUUAUUAUAACUUUAUACUCUGCGUAAUUGAGGGAGGAGUCAUGGCAGGUGUGUUGUUUUCGUGCAUUUGCGCUUGAUUUCAAUUUGAUUGCGAUGUACUAAGAGAAAGUACGUGGGAUUCUGCCUACGCACGGUUUGAUAAAUGCGGAUUUUGUUGUGCGUACGGAACUUUUCAGGUCUGAGCGUACGGAACAUUUUAGUAGGAAGUCCACGCAAGUCUUGAAAAAAAAGUACAUGAGGCCCCUGGUCUCUUCAUGCAUCUUGAAAAUUAGGAUUAAAUAUGAAUAAUCGAACAUCUUCACAUUAAAAAUGGUGAAAUCACAUAUUGGGUCCUAUUGUACAAUCUGUGCAAGGUGCAUCAUAAUGCUUGUUGCUAUCUUUCACCCUGCCAACAGUCUAUUUUCACACCUUGUGCCCAUGCUGUUAAAAUAGCUUCAGAGUUUAGGAAUAAAUCUACUAAACUGAUGGGUGUGGUGGUCUGGAAUUUUGGCGUACGUGUUUCUAUCUUGGCGGCAGGAAAUGCAGUUGCGCCUCUGACUUAUUAAAACCCUGACAACAGUCAACAAUCAACAGUAACUGAUCAAAAAAAGGUUUCAUGUUGAAGCAGGUGUCGACCCAAGCUGGUCAUUUUGUUCAAAUUUGUGUGGGUACCAGCUAAUAAUCUAGCUAGUAAAAGACAUGAGCUCAUCCAAAACACAUUUAAAACCAACCUGAAACAAGCAGAACUCCUCCCAUCACAAAUUUAAACUCCUCCUGAUACAACAGAAACCAAAACAGAAACCAGUAAUAAUAUCCAUGUAAUUAGUGAAUUUGACAGUAUAUUGACAGCUGGGUCGGUUCGAGACCAGAUCACAUUCUCACCACAAGCGAACCAGACUCCAGAGUUGGUUUGAAACCCGACUAAGAUCACCUGUUUUGGUCCAAAUCCGAGUUUGAUUACUGAUUUCACCAAAAUCAGUACACAAAAUGUUUUAACUGAACCAAACAGUGCCGGUAUGAAAACGCUCCUACUGUACUCCCACAUCUCCAGCUCAGCCUCCUGUCAGCUAAUUAAAGGCACCUGAAGGCGGAGUCUGUUUUUAAAACUUGAACAAAAUGACCACAGGCUUCAACCAGGGACUCAAAUCAACGUGGGUGAUGACCAGCUGUCCAAUGUUCACAGCCAGAGGUCACCCCUGAUCUGCUUAAAUAACAAAUACAGAAUUUAAUCUGUUUUGUUCAUCAAGAGCAGGGCUCUUCAAUCCUGGUCCUUGACGUCCUCGGCCAUGCAAAUAUAUGGAUUCCCGUCUUCCAACACACCUGAUUCAACCAAUCAGCUCAUUAACAAACCCUCUCAGAGAGUCAGUGGGUAUAAAAAGGCAAGCAAUCCUCUAAAAUGGGUUUUGCAAAGGGUUCCCAGCAUGCAGACCAAAGAACACUGUUCUAGAGGGACAUUUUAGAUGAGAUUUUAGAGGAUCAAACCUGGACAAAUUAUUGAGAACUUUCUUUGCUGGAUUAUUUUACCACUAUAUACCACCUCUGUUUUACACUACACUUCUAAUGGAUGCAUUUGGCUAAUUUAAGCUGUUCCCACUGCUGAGAGAGUACUUCCAAUAGAAUAGCACACUCUGGAGCAUGUAGAUACACAGAAACCUAAUGGAACCAUGCCUAAUUCCAUCCAAUACAUUGGGAUGGGUGGGGAUGCAAUGCAAUCAAAUUCUCACAGAAAUGCAGUGUCCAAAAUCUUUUACACUGUAAACCCUAAUAAGUUAAGUCUACUCAAAUUAUUAGAGAAUAUUUGUUGCUUCAAACGAACUAAGUUUUCAAAAAAUAUAUAUUAAUUUAUAAUACUUAAUGGAGCAUUAUUAAAUUCAACAGACAAACCGCUCUAUCUUACUGGUUUAAAUGUAUUGCAAUGAUUAAAUUAAGUUGUUUUUUACGCAACAUAUGCAUAAUGUAGUUGGUUUUAUAGCCAAAAAUUCGAAAUUAAAGGGACACCAUCAAAAAAUUAAAUUAAUAUAGACUAUUAAAAGUACCUUACAUUAGAAGUCUUUUGUCAAAAUCAUUAAUUCCCAUGAAUAAGCUUUAGAGUGAACU